AUGACAGAUAUUAUAAGUGAUGUUUCGAUGGUGCAAACUCUUUGUGAUCCAGGCGAAGGUAAAAAAGCAGAAGAAUUUUAUAACCAUACAGAUGGAGAGCGCUUUGAUACUGUGAAGAAUUUCUAUUUUCAACAACAUGUACAACAAACAUAUGAUUUUGCCAUAUCGAAAAUGAAGAAAUAUGAACAUAUGGAUAAACUAGUGUUGGAUCCAUGGUCUGCAUUAGAACUUGGUGGUUCAUUUACUGACGAUUCAGACCCGGAUACAGAAUUAGAUCAGAUUUAUCAUUCAUUUCAAGUUGCUGAAGCUCUUAGAAAGUUAUAUCCCGAUGAAGAAAAAUAUGGUUGGUUACAUCUUACAGGUUUAAUUCAUGAUUUAGGCAAGAUAUUAACGCCUGCAUUUGGUGAACCACAAUGGUGCAAUGUUGGCGAUACGUUUCCCGUUGGAUGUAUGUUUGAACGAGUGGGAGUUUUUCCAGAAUAUUUCGAUUAUAAUCCUGAUUUGAAGCAUCCGGUGUAUUCAACAAAAUUAGGCAUAUAUGAACCGAAAUGUGGAUUGAAUAAUUUGAUCAUGUCAUUUAGUCAUGAUGAAUAUUUGUAUAAAGUUUUAACACAUGAAAAAAAUGCAUCACAAUUCACGGAGAAAAAAUUACCAAUUCAAUCUUAUUAUAUGAUACGAUACCAUUCAUUUUUUCCUUGGCAUAAGUUUGAAGCUUAUACAUGUUUUGAAAAUGAAAUCGAUAAAGAAAAUAAACAUUGGGUUCAAAUAUUUGCAAGCUUUGACUUAUACUCCAAAGCGCAUGAUAUUGUCGACAUUGAAUCAGUCAAGCCAUACUAUCAAAACUUAAUGAAACAAUAUUUACCAGCAAAAAUUUACUUCUAA